CGGAGGGAGCCAAUGGGCGGGAGGACCAACGGCCGUUUGAAUCAAAGAUGCUCCAGCGAUAGAUCCGUGGUUUGGAUCCGCGGCGGCGACGGUGACCGUGAGGUGAGGUGGGCCCGUGAGGAAUUAAGUGAAUGGGCUACGCUUGAAACAUCUGCUGUGAACAUAGAUAUUUGAGCACAUCAUGUCUUCCACUGACUACGUGUGUAACCAUGUGAAGGUUUUUAUCCGCGUUCGCCCAGAAAAUGCAAGAGAAAAGAAUGGGAAGCACCGCAAAGUUGUUCAUGUGGUUGAUAAGCACAUGUUGAUUUUUGAUCCCAAGGAGGAUGAAAUCGGCUUCUUUUAUCGUUCUAAAGUUCAACGCCGGUAUCUGAGCAAUAAAAACAAGGAUCUUCAAUUUAUUUUCGACCGUGUUUUUGAUGCAAAUUCCUCGCAAUCGGAUAUAUUUGAAGAGACAAAAUCAAUCCUGGAGAGUGUUUUCAAUGGAUAUAACUGUACAGUCUUUGCAUAUGGUGCUACUGGGUCUGGCAAAACUCACACGAUGCUGGGAUCAUCUGAGAAACCUGGGGUGAUGUAUCUAACUAUGAAGGAGAUGUACGAUCGAAUAGAACGGCUGAAAAAUGAGAAAAGCUGUGAUGUUGCAGUUUCAUACUUGGAGGUGUACAAUGAGGAAGUACGAGACCUGUUAGCCAACUCCAGAUCGCUGGCAGUGCGGGAGGAUGCUCAAAAUGGAGUCGUUAUCCAGGGAUUAACACUACACAAGCCUUCGUCCUCAAAACAACUGCUUCAGAUGUUAGAUUAUGGAAAUAAAAAUAGAACUCAACAUCCCACUGACGCCAACUCCAAUUCUUCACGUUCUCAUGCUGUCUUUCAGAUUUAUUUAAGGCAGCAAGAUAGAACUGCAAACAUCAAUCAAAACAUAAAAAUUGCGAAAAUGUGCCUUGUUGAUUUGGCUGGAUCAGAGCGUAUUAGUUCUAUGAAUAUGAAAGCAGCCCGCUUCAGGGAGGGGGCUAAUAUUAACAGGUCCCUCUUGGCUUUGGGAAAUGUCAUCAACGCCUUAACAGAUUCAAAGAAAAAGAUUCAGCAUAUUCCUUACAGGAACAGUAAACUAACCAGACUUUUGAAGGAUUCGCUGGGAGGAAAUUGUCAAACAAUAAUGAUAGCAGCCAUCAGCCCAUCUUCUGUAUCAUUUGAAGAUACUUAUAACACACUAAAAUACGCUAAUCGAGCUAAAGAUAUCAAAUCUUCGAUAAAGAGCAAUGUUUUGAAUUUGAAUUACCACGUGGGUAAAUACGCACAGAUUUGUGAAGAGCAAAGACAAGAGAUUAUGGAGCUCAAAGACAAAUUGAAGGCUUAUGAGAGAGAGAAUAUUCUACUUGGUAUAAAUCCAAAAGAAAGUGAAAUAAAAAGAUUUGAAGAAGUCCUUGAAGACAUCUUCCUCAAAAGACAGAAAGUCAGGAUUAGCUGCUUGGAUCUGGAACUGAAAAUGAAGGAGGCGGAGCAGCUGACAUUUUAUUACAAACAGUGUCAGCAACAUGCUCGAUUGUUUCCAUGUGAGCCUGCUACAGAAAGGGCAUCCUGCAAGUAUGAACGCAAGCUUGCUGCACUGAAAACACAACACUACCACAUUCUACAGAAAAUUAAAACUAUGGAGAAGAUGCUUGAAGAAAACAGUAACUGGUUGCACCGUGUUGAAAAUGAGAUGUGUUUAUUGGGCCAAGAUGGUAAAACACCGCAGGUCCUGAAGCAAGAAUUACAGCGCUGUCGUUUAAAGAUGGAAGUAAUGGACUUGAAACAUCAAAUUCAGCACAUGGCUCAGUUGUUUUGUCUCCAAAAACCAGUGAACAGAAGAACAGAAAAGCUUACGAAUAUUUUACUACCUGCAUUCCACCAGCAAUAUCAGACAUUGAAAAGAGCUGGACUUGUUUCAGCGACUGCCCAGGAUACAUUUGCAGAGGUGGAGCAGUUAUUAAAAGAUGAGAAUGGGAAAGUCUGGGAAGAUCAGAUUACAGAAUUGCCCGAACAGAUAUCUGAUCGGCUAAAUAUUGCCUCAAUCAUGAACUUUUCGCAAUUUGCCUAUUGCCAGGCUACACCUUGCAAUUCAACAAAAUCCGGCAGUGCACAUAAGGCAACCACAGAAGUCAAGAAGAACACAUCCCCUGAUCCACUAAAACCAUCAAUAGAAUCAAAGGAAAAUCCACCAUCAAUGAAGAAAGAAGGCAGGAUAUUGACUUGCAAAACCUCCAGACGAAGACUGGAGCAGUCGCUAACUUGCAGCAGUUUGGUCGAUCGCGCCACACCAGCCCCCUGCUCAGCUCAGCAGGAUGAUCUCCUCAUCAAAGAAGGCUUUGCUUCUAUAUCGUACACACCAGAGGCCUGCAGAGACACUGAUCACGUUCCCUGUCAGCUACCCAGCACAGGCGUGCUGUUCCACAAAGCAGGUUGCCACGUUGAGGCAUUGGAGAAGGAUUUGAGCGACGUGGAAAACUCUGUCCCUGGGAAGGAGGAUGAGAAUGUGACAAGCGUCGCGUACGAUUCGGAAGAAAGCCGCCAGUCUGCGCUGGGUGCAAGAACUCAACAUCCAUUUCCGAGUGAGACCGAUACAGUCACUGAUCACAUCCUGUCACGCAAGCAAUCCACACAUCACAAAAGCUUUCUGCAAAGGCUGGGUCUACCUUCGUUGCUGUCGACAAGUGAAACCAACGGCAAGCCUUCUUAUAUGUCUUUAACCUCUGCUGCUCGGAGAAAGAGAAAAUCUGCAGGAAUCCCGCCCAAAGCGAUGAGCAAUCUGGGGCUUUCCUGCAAGCAAAAGACGUUUGCGUACAAGAUGUGCCGUCCUGUUGCCAUUCAUCAACCCCACGGCAAGGGCAAUCCCACAGCUACUUGGCCAGAAGCAGUCACGUUAAUGACGGAGACCUCAUUUACAAAGGCCUCAUAAAUAACGUUGCCAAACGCAGUCGUUUAAGAUCCAGGCAGUACAAUUGAACAGAUGUAGGUCAUGUAGUGCAUUCAUUCAUACCUGCAUCUCUGGACCAACUCAUCAGAUGUAAUGUGAAGGUGUAGAAAACGUAGGGUUGGAAUUUAUUUCCUUCAAAAGCUAUCAUUACUGAAGCCGUCUUGAUUGUUGUGCAUGUAUAUAGAAAAUAACUUUUUUUGUAAAAUAGUGUCUUGUGUCCAAACAAUAAACAAAUUUUAAUCUGA